UGAAAAUCUGUCAUCUCUCUCGGUUGCUAAUUGAUUUUUUUGCUAAGUGUAUCUAAGCACCGAUUUCAAUUUCCUUUAUACAUAAUAAAAAUUAAAAUAAAAUAAAACGAGUAGAAUAUUGUCUUCUCCACUGCCCUCUGUAUUAAUCCCAGUACAAGUCAAGCUCUAGUUCUAUGAUUAUCCACAGUAGUUUUAUACAAUUCUUGUUUGAUGGUUUUAGCUUUAAGGAGAAACGGGUGUUCUUUAUGCCCUUCCCUCCAUUUGACUUUUUUGAUAUCAGGAUCAGUCAUUAGGAAAAACCCAUUCCUGGAAAGCAUUCUAAGAAGAAAUUUAUUUCUUGUGUGAGCCACGUUUUGACACUCUAGGCCUCCAUGAAAGAGUAUUGAUGGAGCAUAAUCUUUAAUUUUAUGUGUGUUUUUUUAAUUUCAUUUCCUAAUCAAAGUUUGUUUGGGGCCUCCUUAUCCGGAUCUUAGUAGUACUGGAUUUUUGAGUUGACCAUAAUCUUCCUUUUCGUCUUCCAUCUCUGUUCCUUCCUCGUUCUUUCUCUUCUAUUUCUCUCCUUUUAAGUUUUGUGUAUUUGGUUGGGUGCAUUCCAAGAACCAGUUGGCCAUUGUCCAUCCAAGUGUGAUAGGUUGGUAGGUUGGAUGUAAUCACAUAAUUCAUGAACCACUGAAUCAUCCAAUUGUGAAUUUUUUAUCUCUGGAUUAGUACGUUAUUUGGCUGAUCCGUUUAACGGGUUCUGUGACAAAGCAUUUUGCCAUCGGAUGAGAAGUAGUGCAAGUGGCUGAUAAGCUAUGGCUUAGUGAUGUAGCAAGGUGGGCUUGAUAAGUGAGUUGUGGCCAAGGAGGGUGUUUGGGUGAGGAACUCAGGUGAUCAUAUAAUCAAGUACAUUAUAGAAACGGUCUUCAUAAAUCAAGGGUCAGAGCGGGUGCAUUUAGAAAUUUGAAGAGGUAAUCCUAGUCAUUGGCCCUGUUGAAGAAUUAGAAUCUUGAGGCAUGGACUCUGAGAUGGUAGUGCAUGAAGGUGGGUGCCAUUGCAAGAAAGUACGAUGGCGAGUGCAAGCGCCUACCGGAGUUGUGGCUUGGAGUUGCAACUGUUCGAAUUGCUCUAUGAGGGGCAACACUCAUUUUAUUGUCCCUGCUGACAGAUUUGAGCUUUUGGGUGAUUCUGAACAGUUUCUUACUACUUACAGUUUCGGUACUCAUACGGCAAAGCAUAAGUUUUGUAAGGUUUGUGGGAUAACUUCAUUUUAUUAUCCACGCUCCAACCCCGAUGGCGUUUCCAUCACAUUUACGUGUGUUGAUCCUGGAACACUAACCCAUAUUGAGGUUAAGUAUUAUGAUGGGAAAAAUUGGGAAUCCUCACACAAUCAAACAGGAAUUGCUUCUCAGUCGAAGGGUUGAAGAAAUGAUUCAUGUUGGUGAUAUCAAAUUAGCAUUAGCAACAAAUAGAAACAACUUUUAUAGUGUGGAAGUUGAUGUUCGUCAUUGUGUUGCUUGCUCCUAAGAGUUAAUCAAAGGCAUCGUGUAUCUACCGCUUUUACAAUCAUGUAUCCGAAACCAUGACUUGUGUGUAAUGCUUCCUUUUAGGUUUUGCAUUUUUUUUGUUUUGUUUU